AAUACAGUGAGGAACCUCAGUGUAUGACCCUUCCACCAGCACUUUGCACGUUCGCUGGGAGCACACAGAGCAAAAUCCUGGUGCCAAUCCCUGGGAACACCAAUGAUGUCGUUCUAAGGAAUCAGCAGCCGGAUGCCCCAGACACCAUUACAGUGGUUCCCCUCUAUCCUGAGGGUGAUGGAGUGCAUACACCAGAUACUGGAAGGACAUGGAAUGGUGAGAAGAGUGGCCAGAGAUGCCCAAGUGUACAGUCUGACCCCAAACAGCCAGGCUGUUGGCUGGGCCCCGCCCCUGGCCAGGGCCUCAGCACCGCGCUGUGUGUGCUCCCCUGGCUGGCAAAAGGCCCCCGAACCUGUUGUGGUGCCAGGAAACACCCCCACGGUGCACUUCGAGCAGCUGGUUCCAGACGCACCCUAUUCCGUGAACAUCACUGCGCUCUACUUGGAUGGAGGGGGAAUCCCAGCCCCAGGCGGGGCCAAACACAUGAGGCUGAAAUCCUUCCCGUCCAGUUCCCUUGUGACUCAGUGAGGAAGGCUGGGCAGGACCAUGCAGCAGACCGAGGAAUCUGAGUCUUUGGAGAGACAACCAUCAGCCUGUCCGCGCACUGGGAUCACGCUGAUGGGCCAGCUCAGCAGCACAGGGUCAUUUUUUCUCCCACCGCUGGUGACUCAGUUGAUGAAUAUGUUGAAAUUGCUCUUAAUAAAGCUCAUGUCCACGAAGCCACAGUGGAACCUGAAGAAGUGCGUGUGCAGGAGGAUGUCCAGCUCAGCAGCGAGAGGAGACCAGGCAUUUUGAAGCCCAGAUCGAGGGUCCGAUGCAGAGCGCCAUGAUGACUGAGGACUGCAGCCUGGAAG